GUUCUCUAGUUGAUCCGAUUGUUUAUUUUUAUCGUCUUGAGAGAGUUCUGUUGCCGUUAGGCGUCAGUACCUAAUGCGAGCCUGGACCUCCUCUCAUCCGUUUAGAUCUCGACCGCCACCUCGCACAGCAUGCAUGUCUCACAAGGCACAUUUACUCGUCCAACAGAUCAACUCCGUAAUAAACUUGUAUUGCCUUUAUCCCCGAUCCUUCUCGCAAUUACUAUCAACCCUGCCUUACCCCCAGCCUAAGCAUCAUCUCGAAAUCAGAAAACAAUUUCUCCUUUCCCUUGCGAAAACAACCCUUAUAGAACCGUUUCCUUAUAACCUGUCCCAAACCGAAAUCCUUUCCCCAAACCAGUACAAAUGAGAGACAUGAAAGAUAACUGACCCUAACCUUGAUCCACCUUGAACCCCUUGAGAUGCCCUUUUUGUCUUCUCUUUUUUUUUAUCGUUUUAUGGUGUUUUCGCCGUAUAUAAACACAUUCCUUUUCGCUCGCCGAUUCGUGAGCAUAAAC